AUGGCAACCCGCGCCGCCACUGCCUUCUCCCGGGGUUCUGCCCUCCUCACCCCUCGAAACCGCCUCCUCUCAUCCCGUCGUUUCUUCUCCUCUUCCCCCUCAUCAUCUUCCUCCCUCCUCAAAAUCUCCCCCGAAGUCACCACCGCACUCGCCCGCAACCAGCCCGUCGUGGCCCUCGAAUCCACAAUCUACACCCACGGCGCCCUCGGCGACGAUCUCGACCUCGAAGGCAUCGUCCGUGCACACGGCGCAGUCCCCGCAGUCUGCGGCAUCCUAGCCGGCCAACCCACCGUCGGACUGACGCCGGAGGAAGUAAGCCGCAUGGUGCGCGAGGGCGCGCGCAAGGCAUCGCGAAGGGACCUGGCGUUCUUGUCGGCGCCGGCUGUGCGGCAGGGGUCGGGAGCACAUGGAGGUACGACGAUCUCGGGAACCAUGGUGCUGGCGCGGCUGGCGGGGAUCAGGGUGUUUGGGACGGGUGGGCUUGGUGGUGUGCACCGUGGCGGGGAGGUGUCGAUGGACGUGAGUGCAGAUCUGACGGAGCUUGGGCGGACGCGGGUGGCGGUGAUUAGCAGCGGGUGCAAGGGGUUUCUAGACAUCCCGCGGACGCUAGAGUUCCUCGAGACGCAGGGGGCGUUUGUGUCGACGUUUGCGGACGGCCGGGACGCGGCGGGGAAGGUGGAUUUCCCGGCGUUUUGGGCGCGCGAGAGCGGCGUGCCGAGUCCGGCCGUGGUGCGGGAUGAGCAGGACGCUGCGGCGAUUAUUCUGGCGCAGGAGCAGUUGGGCAUCGAGAGCGGGCUGUUGUUUGCGAACCCGAUCCCGGAGGAAGCGGGGAUCCCACGCAAGGAGAUGGAGGCUGUGAUUGAGACUGCUGUGCGAGAGGCGACGGAGAAGGGUUUCACGGGCAACGCCAACACGCCGUAUGUCCUGCAGCGGAUUCGGGAGCUUACACAGGGCCGUAGUGUACCGGCGAACAAGGCGCUGGUACAGGCUAACGUUGCCCGCGCGGCUAAGGUGUCCGUGGAGCUGGCUAAGCUGAUGGACGGCGCACCUGUUACGCCGAGGACACAAGGUCACAGCCAGGCCAAGGUAGAGACGUCGACUGCGAAACCAGAGGAUCAUCAUCCGGUCGACGUGCUCGUGGCGGGUUCGGUAGCCCUUGAUUUGAGUUGCGAUUAUGCGCCCCUAGAGAGCAGCAGCAGCAGCAGCAGCAGCAAGACCAACAUCACUGCAUCGACGACAGCAUCGCCUGCUCUGCACACUUCCAACCCGUCCGCCAUCAGCCAGUCUAUCGGCGGAGUCGGCCACAAUCUCGCCCUCGCAGCCCACCGUGUCAGCGGGGACGGCAAGAUACGCCUUUACACCCUCGUCGGCAACGACAUCGCGGGCUCGACCAUCCUCUCCGCCCUCCGCGCCGAAGGCAUGGACACAUCCAUGGUGCAACAACUCGACCCAGCUCAGCAUCCGGGCGCGCGCACAGCACAGUACGUGGCCGUCAACGACGCCAACAAGAACCUUGUCAUGGCUAUGGCUGACAUGGAUAUUUUCACCAAUCACACGCACACCUUUCCGGGCAACUGGACCGCCGCGGCCGUCGCAGCGUCCCGGCCGAAAUGGGUCGCCGUCGACGCGAACUGGUCUGCGGACGAUAUCCAGACAUGGCUGCGCGCUGCUGCGGACCAUGACUCCCGUGUCGCGUAUGAACCUGUUUCUGCUGCUAAAUCCCAGCGUUUAUUCCCCGCCUUCAAGAGGAAGACCACACCAUCAUCACCCUCGCCUCUCGGCGUAUUCCCCAGCCCCAGCGUUCACCUCUGCACGCCAAACCAGUACGAACUGCGCGCCAUGUACGACGCAGCCACACGCCACGGCUACCUCGACCACGAGCGCUCACCAGCGUGGUUUGCAGUCCUCGACGCGUUUGGCAUCCUGAGCGGUGCCCGCGAACGGUUUCUCAAUAUCCUCACCGAGCCCAUCUCCUCUUCUGCUUCUUCUUCUUCAACAUCCUCUACAGGGGAAGCAGCCGAAGACAUCCCCACAACAAUAACUGCCGCAACCGAAAUCAUCGACGCCGGCAUCCCCGUGCAAUGCAUCAACCUCCUCCCCUACAUCCCCACCCUCCUCGCGAAACUCGGCCCGCGCGGCGCGCUGCUGGUUACUAUUCUCUCCCACGAUGACCCCCGUCUGCGUGACCUAGCCCAUGCGCGGUAUGUUGUCAGCCGGACCAUGAAUGAGAACACGGAUGUGGGCGGGGUGUAUAUGCGGUUGUUCCCUGCUGCUGAACGGGUGGAUGAGCGGGAGGUGGUGUCGGUGAAUGGGAUUGGGGAUACGUUUAUGGGGGUGUUGGUGGCUGGGUUGGCUGCUCAGGGAGGGAAAGGGGGUUGUGAGGUGACGGCUGAGUUGGUGGAUGUUGCGCAGAGGGCGGCGGUGUUGACGCUGAAGAGUAGGGAGAGUGUGAGUGUGGGGCUUAAGGGGUUGAGGGGGGAUUUGAGGAGGGCGGUGGAAUCGAGGUAG